GACUAUUCAUUUCUUUCUAGUGCUGAAGAGACUGUAAAUUCAGUGAUGACUGGGGACACAGCAGCAGAGACAGCGGUUUUUCAGCGCAAAGAGUUUUGUCACUGGCCAUGUAAAUGCUCGCGUAAGCGCACAUGUCCGGUGGGAGUAAGUCUGGUCAAGGAUGGCUGUGGAUGUUGUAAAAUCUGUGCUAAACAGCUGGGGGACACUUGUAAUGAAGCAGAUGUUUGUGAUCACCAUAGAGGUCUAUAUUGUGACUAUUCCACUGAUUCACCUAAAUUUGAAGUUGGAAUUUGUAAAUAUAUAUUUGCUGUCGGAUGUGAACUCAAUGGUGUCCUUUAUCAAAAUGGCCAGUCUUUUCAGCCAAGUCCAUUUUACACAUGUCUUUGCGUAAGUGAUACAAUCGGAUGCACCCCAUUACUCAAUUUCAAGCAAGAUGGAAGCAGGUGUGCAGAGCCCACAGAUGUCACCAAGAAGAAAUCUGAGCUGUCAAACUGCGCUCUCGAGAAGGACCCUGCUACGUCAGAUUAUAAAUUUAUACCUGUGUACAAGAUUUUGCCACUUGUUUGGAAAAAAAAAUGUCUUGUUCAAGCAACUCAAUGGAGCCCGUGCUCAAAAACGUGUGACAUGGGGAUAUCUAUACGUGUAACUAAUGAAAACAGCAAGUGUGAAAUGAGAAAGGACAGAAGACUCUGUCUCCUCCGCCCAUGUAAUGCUACUCUAGUUAGCAGUGUGAAGAUUCCGAAAGGGAAAACCUGCCAGCCUACCUUCCGUGAUCCUCAACCUGUUCAGCUGAGUUUAUCUCAGUGUUCCACGGUGCAAAGUUAUCAGCCCAUUUACUGUGGAGUGUGUACAGAUCGAAGAUGCUGCAUUCCAAACAAAUCUAAAAUGAUAAUGGUCCAAUUCCAUUGUCCAAAUGAGGGCGCGUUCACCUGGAAAAUGAUGUGGAUCACAUCUUGUGUUUGCCAAAAGACUUGCACUGACCCAGGAGACAUAUUUGCUCACCUUAAAAUCUUGUGAAUGACUUCAUAAUGUUAAUGCUGCCGGUAGAUUUGACACUGAAAUUGUAGUAUGUAAUAAAAAAAUCAGGGACCAGAAAAUGAAAUGUUAUA